GAUCUGUGAGAUUUUAUUAAUUACCAACUGAUGUAUUGAUGUACUGAAGCAUAAUAAAAACCUAAAAUGUAGAACAUUCAAAUUAUUAGAUUAACACAAAAUGGGUAUUGCAUAAGUAAGUUUACAUUUAGGUGAAGUAGACAUGACUUAAAUUGGCUUGAAAAUAACUAGCCUAUAUGAGCUACCUAGUGCCAAAUAGCGUUCUACGCCCUUUAUAGGUGCACUACGUGUGGCUUAAAACAAUGGCUUGUGCAUCCUAUCUAGUCUACAUCUCUACAUGAACAUUGGGGAUGCAGCCUAGCUUACCUUAACGCAUCAAUAUACAGAAAUAGCUAACGAGCUAAUCUUUGCUAGCCAUUAACUUCGUAAUAACAUUAUUAUUUUUAAAUAAAAGGUAUUAAUAGAUUAAGGAUGGGAAAAAUGUAUACUGGUACUUAAUGACACUCUAAACUCGGUGAAGCGAAAAUAACGUGAUAAUAUGAUAAUACUAGUUAGCCAGGUUUACAUAGUGAUUUAUAAACCGAGCUAGCAGUGAAGAUAGCCCGCUAACCUAGUUACUGCCUGUUUAUUCUCGAUAUGAUAUGAGCUGUCGAAGUUCAAGAAUCUAAAUACUUACCACUAUUUAUUUAUUUUCCCUCAGGGCACCGUUUGUUAGCGCUAGCUCACGCUAACGUUUUAACAUUAACUGAUUUAAGAGUUUGGCUAGCUAGCAAAAUAUGCCCUGUGUGUGGGUAGUCUUCCGUUUUGCUUACGCACCCUAACUAUAGACUUCUCCCUUGAAUUCAUUCAGUCGUCACACUUUGAAAUGAAACUAUUUAUAAAGUGAAAAAAUGUGUUACAAAUAAUGGAUGGAUAUGCCAACAAGAGUCAUAAUGUGUUAGUCUCACUUUAAUCCAUUUACAGUAAAGUCUUUUUACAUCCGGAUUUGGAUGCAAGUGUAUCUUUUGGCCUUUUGUUCGAGAAGGUUCGGCCCCUCCCUCUCAGGGCCUCGACGCCAUACAUUAUUUCUAUAUUGCAUUAUAACUAUAUUUAUUAUGGAUAUGUAUUGUCUGACAUGAUAUUUUGGCGAAAAAAGCCAAAUAUACUAGCGAUAAUAUGCGCUAUGUCAAUAAUAAAUGCUAUGGCGUUAGCCCCUGACGGCGGUGUGAGUGCUGAGUUCGGCCCCGCCCUCCCAGCGCCGCACUGGCCCGCCCUGCUCACACAAACUCCCCGCCUGAGCUCUGCCCGAGUCUGGGGAAAGCGUACGGCCUGGAGGCGGUGUGUGAAAAAGGAGUUAAAAUAUUAUGUCGAUGACCAAGGGGGUCGAUGGAUGAAGAUGUGACGACCCUCUCUCCCCAUUCCCACCAGCCCAAGAUCAUCUUCCAUGGGGCAGGUGGGGAUGGUGAAGCCGAGGAGGAUGAGGUGGCAGUGGAGCUACACGAGACGGUACUGGUCUCUGGAGUGGAGGAUGAUGGGAUAGCGGUGCAUGGUUUUUCUCCAGAUGAGCUGGUUAUCCAGGAUGCUAUGGGAGACGUUGUGGCUGAGUAUGUGCAGGAUGAUGAGGAGGAGGAGGAUGAGGAAGGCCUAAGCACCAUCGCCGUGGGGACAUGCGUGAUGUCACCGGGGAUAGCUCUGGAGGAUGUGCUCAAUUCCUCUCAGGUGCAGGAGGACCCAGAUGGGUGUGAAAACUACCUCAUGAUUUCCUUGGAAGAACCUGGGAAGAUUGUGUCAGAUGAUGACGCUAAAGUUACAACUGAGGGCACUUUAGAGGAGCAUGGUGACGGGGAAAAGGAGGACGAUGAGGGUCAAGAGGUCAUCAAGGUUUAUAUCCUGAAGGCUGACUCAGGAGAUGAUGACUUGGGUGGCACUGUGGACAUUGGAGACGCUGAUAUUGAUGUGGAUGAAAGUGUGGAGUUGAUGGAUCCAUCUGCGCUCAGUGAUAAAAUGGUCCUUAUGCCUGUGGAAGAAGCCAAUCAGAAUCAGGAAGAUAUUAAUGUGGCCAAGAUAACUGAUGAAGUGUACAUGGAGGUGGUGGUCGGGGGUGAGGAGCCUGCAAAUCACCAGCGGCCGUUUGACAACACCUCGCUUAGCAAGGACUUCAUGCCUGUAGCUUGGGCAGCUGCAUAUGGUGGGCAGGAGGCUGAGAGUUGUGAGAACAGGAAUGGAGCAGCCAGCGCAGUGUUACACGUUGAAGAGUCUGACGUUAUGGAGAAAAUCAACCACCAGCGAAUCAAAACCAAGAACAAGAAGCACACAGAGACCCGUCACAUCCAGACAGCGAUUAUCAUUGGUCCAUAUGGACAGCCUCUCACAGUGUAUCCAUGCAUGCUGUGUGGAAAGAAAUUUAAAUCGCGAGGUUUCCUGAAGCGCCACACCAAGAACCAUCACCAGGAUGUCAUAAACAAGAAGAAGUACCAGUGUACAGACUGUGACUUCACCACCAACAAGAAAGCCAGCCUCCACAAUCACAUGGAGAUCCACACGCUGAGCAGCAAGAGCGCGCCGUUCGAGUGUGAGGCGUGCGGCAAAGAGUUCCACCAGCAGGCGGCACUCUUCUCCCACCGCCUCCAGCACCAUUACAGAGAGCCGAAGCUGCAGAUUCCGCCACCCGCUACAAAAAUGCACAGCUGCAAGUUCUGCGAUUACGAGACGGCCGAGCAGGGACUUCUUAACCGGCACUUACUGGCCGUGCACAGCAAAAACUUCCCUCACAUCUGCGUGGAGUGCGGGAAGGGCUUCCGGCACCCUUCUGAGCUCAAGAAGCACAUGAGGACUCACACUGGGGAAAAGCCAUACUCAUGCCUGUACUGCAGCUACAAAUCAGCCGACUCAUCCAACCUGAAGACGCACGUGAAGACGAAGCACAGUAAAGAGACGCCACACAAGUGCGAGCGCUGCUUCCAGACCUUCGCUGAUCCUGAGGAGCUUCAGCAGCACACACUCGCGCACGAGGAGGAAGCCAAGAGCCACCAGUGCAUGCACUGCGAGCAUCGCAGCUCCAACUCCAGCGACCUGAAGCGCCACGUCAUUUCCGUUCACACUAAAGAAUACCCGCAUAAGUGCGCCACGUGUGGAAAAGGCUUCCACCGGCCCUCUGAGCUCAAAAAGCACUCGGCCGCACACAAGGCCAAAAAACUGCACCAGUGUCGCCACUGCAGCUUCAGGAUCGGAGAUCCGUUCGUGCUCAGCCGCCACAUCCUGUCUGUCCACACCAAAGAAACGCAACAGCAAACGCCAUUCUCGGACAAAAAAGGCCUGAAGAAGGCGUUUGCUCUGGGUGCUCAUGGAGGGAAAAAGGUUUUGGCCAAAGUGCACAGGGAGCGGAGGGUGUAUCAGUGUCAAUAUUGCGAUUACAGCACAGGAGACGCCUCUGGCUUUAAGAGACACGUCAUCUCCAUCCACACCAAGGAUUACCCACACCGCUGCGAUUUCUGCUCCAAGGGCUUCCGCAGGCCAUCAGAGAAAAACCAGCACAUCGCACGCCAUCACAAAGACAUGAUGGCAUCUGUGUGAUGUUAGACAACCUGACUGGGGUGUAUGGGGUGUGUGAUAUGGCAACAACAACAACAAAAAAAAAGCGCAUCGUAAUUUUUAGUUUCACGGAUAUUUGGCUUAACAGCAUAACUGUAAAAUUGAGUUGAACUUUUUUAAAUUCAGUGUUUAUAAAAUGAAGCUAUUUACCAAGAAAGAUAAAUGAAAAAAUUUGGUUAGAGAAAUAGAUUUUAACAUCCAAUCAGCGAACUGUUACUGUGAGUGACAGUGCACUUUGUCAAGUAGUGACCAACUUGUUAAAAAGUAUAGUGAUGUAAUUUAUCGUGGUAUUGAUGCCAUAUCGUCACAUCGCACACCCCAAGCAGAGUCCUCUCUUUUAGCGGCUUCUUGUUUAGUCACAUUGAUCAUGCUAACACCAAGAACGUGUGUAGUGUAGAGAUAGCGCCCUAACAUUGUCACUUUGUUCCAUUUUUUUUGUUCCUUUUCCUAAUCAUUAUAUUCCGCUGCCUCAUUCUAUACGGAGUGUGUGUGUCAGACACUAGGUAUAAAACUUUCAUAUGGUAAUAUUUUCACAACAGUGUAUUAGAAGCAGGUAAUGGAAUACACAUGUGCAACAAUUGUAGUGUAUGUGCGUACUUACCAGAGAGGGGAAUUCUGACAUUUCUCAAUACUGAGAAAAGAAUGGAAUUGAUUAUGAAAUUUGAUACAGAACUCCAAUAUUUUAAAAAUAAAGGCAUUCCCCUAUCAUCAUGAGAUCACGAGUUUGAUCUGGGAGGGAGGGAUGGCAUACUCUCUCUCUCCCUUUUCAAUCAUAACGACACUAGCCAAUCACAGAGCAAAAAAAGUGUUUUUAUAAAUGUUUAUUAAUGAAAUUCAACAACUUUCAUUGUAAGUCAGUAAACUUGCUGUUCUUUUCUUAGCACCUGGAAAUGUGCAGAAAUUCUUCUAUCAUUUGUUAAAUGCACAUAUACUACAGAUGAGGUGGAGAUUAGGGUGAAAUAUGCCUUUAUUUCAUUCACUUUCCAUCAAACUCUCGGGAAGUAAACUGAAUUAUUGAAUUGCCUUGUAUAAAAUAACCAACCCUGGGAGACAUCGGACACAGGGGUACUGAUAGUCUGAGAUGUCUGUGCUCGACAUUGCAUUGUAUUAUAUAACAGCCCAUGCCUAUUGAACACACUGCCACAGAAAGGGAACGUGAAACAAAUGUGAUGGGAAGAAUUUGAUUUGAGAUCAGUUUGAUUAUUAUGUUCAUGGUUUUGCAUCAUUUUUUUUUUUAAUGGCGCAUUCUUGCCGUUUUAAAACCCUCACACUUGAUUUUUCUGUUAGAUUACAGAGGGGGUUUCUUGCACAAAUUCAGAUUUAUAGACUGACUGGUCUGAUGUAAAAUGAAUCUAUAGUAGCUUUGUUAAUGCUAUAAAUAUUAUAAUUAAAGCCAGAGUAUCGUUGAAUCACAAGCAGCCCUGAGCUCUUGACAUAUUAAAAUGUCUCCAUUUCAGGAAGCAGUCUACAUGUAGCAUGAACUUUUUAACUAGCAGUCAGGAUGCACCAAUUUCAUCUGAUCCGAAUAGUCUCACAUUUUCCAUUAGCAAAGUCUUUUGCAUCACAGUUAUAAAGGCGCGAGGCUUUAAGACGAUUUAUUACCUGCAUUCACAUAGUCAACAUCACAAACAGUCGCAGCAGAAACAACAUUGAUUUGGAUUGGAAAACAUCAGAUCAGACUUGAUUCAUGCAGUCUUUCAGGACAAUAUUAUAAUGAUCCUGAUGGUUGGUAUGACAUUGGUGCAUCCCUAGCUAGCACACGCAGGCUAUUACACCCAACAUGCUAGCAAAAAUGCUUUAGUCAUAUAAUGCAAUAACACCACCUUCAACACAGAUACAGAAAAUCUGCUAAAUGAGGAAUUAUCAUAGAAGCUAGGCACCAUAUAUUCUAAUUUGUCUGUAUUUAUUUAGUCCACUAAUAUUGGAAUCAUGACUGUGCAUUUAAAUAUGGCAGUUUUCAGCUGUGUGUGUGCGUGUGUGUGUUGCUUGUGUUUGAGUGAAAUGUUUGUUGUAAAACCAUUAAUGAAUGAAUGACUAAACAACCUACACACAAGAUAUAAAGUAUUUAUAUCACAAUAAACUUCUCACAGUUCAUAAGACUAUCAUGACAUUUCAGCGUGACGUGUCUUAACUAAGGACCCUUAGUAGACAGCUGUCCUUAUUCUUAUUCUACCUUUCUAGGCUGCCUGCUUCUGAAAUAGAUUUGAAGUACAGAAUAAUCUUGUUAAGGGGACUGAACAUGGCCUCUUGUCUAGAAACUUGUAGAGGAAAGAUGCACAUGAUUCUCGCAAAAUCUAAUGUAUAACUUUGAAUCGGUAUAUUCUGAAAGACGUUGUGUACAUAUAUAACUUUUGUAAAUACAGAAUUAUUAAAAAAAAAUUAGACUA